GCGAGUCAGCCGCCGCGCGACACGACCGUGCGUCGCGGAGCUUUCGUCCUACGAUCGAGACAUGUCACAUGUUUUCAUCACAGAACACUACUGUCAAAUGAAUCCCCCUCGCGAGAUCCCCCAAUAUGAAUGAAUAACUCCCUAAAAAAGUGUGGAAUUAACGCGUUUUAAGCCGAAGGACAGCUUUCGCCGAGUGUCUAGUUUUUCCCGUGGCCGUUGACACUGCAGCGUGCGGAACCGCAGUGCGCGAGUGUGUGCUUGAUUAGCGAAUCUACUCCACACCAUCAGCUGAGUCGCGUAAACAUUGUUCUCGCAUAGUUUCGGACUGGACUUACUGAUGGCGCCCGCACAUUUGUCCCCUAUCUGAAUUUUAAACUGCAUCUAGAAGGAAUCCAACAUGCGGCGACUUAUUCUGCUAUUGUUGACAGGGACCGUACUGGCAGUUGAAGUUCAUUUUGAAAAUAAAGACAGUGGGUUUUUUCUAAAGCACACAGCAAGAUGGAGCAGCGCUGGCCCACCACCCGAGCCGACGAGUACAGCAUUGCCUGGUGCUUUGUUAUCCCUUGACCGCUUUACUGUAUUACAAGGGUCUGCACCAGCGUCAGUGCGAGCCACAUAUGGCCCGUUCUCGACGAAACAGACUGUACCUGCGCGAUAUGCUGUACCUGACCCGCUGGAACCACCACGGAGAAACGCUACCUUACUAGAACUUCAAGAUGCCACCGCUCAUAGACUAGAUGUAUCCGCUCACCUCGUAUUCAAAGAACUACCUCGAGACUCACCAGUAUUACGAGUCUUAUUCCAUACUGGAGGAGAAGGUGGGGCAAGACGAGCUGCAGCGCGGCCAAGACGAGUCUGUAUAACUCUCCAUGCAAUGUUAGACUCCCGGUCUUUAUCGGCUACAUGUGGUCCUGAAGGAGAAGAAGGGGCCUGUUUAGCCGAAUUGACAAUACCUGCUGCGUGGUGGCCAGCGGAUGGAAAAGGAAAACGCCCACCGCGCACUGUGAAACUGACAUAUAGUGCUGCAGAAGCAGGAAAUGGAGAUUCUGGGGAUGGUGCUUGUGGACGAGUAUCGGUCCAGCCCGCCUGGCCCCUCGGCUCCGUGACGCUGGCCGGAGCUCGAGCUGGAUACCGGGAAGCGGUGGCAGGAGACGCUGCUCUUCUUCUACCGAGGGCUCCAUUGUACCCACAUUCAAGAAUACACCUGCCAUUCGUCGUCCGUCGCGACGCUAGUCACAAUAUUGGCCAUAUUGUAAUCAGGAUGAAGGUGAAGUCAGGGCUGCGCCUAGUGAGCGUGACAGCGUCGAACUCCCGCUGGGCGGUCACCGCGGAGGUGAAGCCUAGGGCUGCCACUGUCACUGCCACGCGGCUGGAGCAACCCUUGCGCGAUGACGACGGACUCGAUACGGAAAUGGAAGAGAGCAGUGGAGCAGGAGGUCCUGGUUGGGAGGAAGUUUUGACUUGGUUGGUGGAAGUGGGAGCAGAGAGUGAGGGCGAUGCAGACGGCUCAGAAGGAGAGUCGGGGCGUGGCACUGCCCGCUUGAGCUGGGUCGUCAGGGUCUCCCCCAACGCCCCCUCUGGGUCAACCACAGAAGGACCGCCUCCGGAGCACAGGGCCAACACACGACUUGAUAUCGAGAAAGAUGACAUUCAAGCAGUACUGCCUAUUUCUAAGAACUGGGAAGUCCUAAACACGGCGGUGCUGACUGGACGUCAAGUGUCGCAAGCUAUGAAGGUGUUGAUAGUGUCGCAAGCCGGCCAGGUGGCUGACGUCACGCUGCAGAGCUCCUGCCACUCGGAAGACGAGAGCGUGCUCAAGGUUUCAUCGUCGUGCAGUUCAGUGUAUGUCGACGGGUCCGAGAUCCGAGGCUCGUCGAACGCAUCAGUUAUAGUGAAAUAUGGUACAUAUACCGGCUUGGCGCGCUUCACCGUGUGGAUGCCGGAGAGCCCGCUCGAGAUCGACGUCGACGACAACAGGCUGUCGCAGAUCAAAGGUUGGAAAGUAUCGGAUGACUCCAGUAUCAAGGAGAGGCUGAAGCGGUCGCUGUCGGCCCGGGGGUGGGGGGGCACCAGACCUGACGGCACCAACUCCUUGACCGACCAGCGGACCUGCCGACUGAGAUACCAGCAGAGCAACGUUGAGGUAUACGCGCGUUUCCUGGCCAAAGACCACGACUCGGGGCGAGUGUCGUACUUCGUGUCGCGGCGCACGUGGCUGAAGGUGACGGAGCUGGUGCUGUCGCUGAUGCGGGUGUCGGACCCCAGGAUCGCGUCGCUGCGCGGCCGCGUGCUGCAGGGCCGCAGCACCGGCCGCACUGAGGUGCAAGUGCUCUCGCCUGUUACAGGGCGCGUGAUCGGUGUGCGAGAGAUUCGUGUGGUGAACGACAAGGUUUCGAUCUCCCGACUGUUGGUGCGCGUGAUAUCUGGCCUGCAGCUGAACAUAUCGCCCGACGCCGCCGGCAUCGAGAACGGAUAUGUGUCCGAGACCACUGUCACGAGGCGCCUCACUGCGCAAUAUCAGGAGGGUCUUUUGGAUAUCGACAUAGAGUUCUCUGACGGUGGUCGCACAGCGUUGAGAGACGUUGCCGUGUCGGACUACUAUCUGUUGGUGGAGAGUUUGGACCCCGAGGUGGUUGCGUUCGCGCCCAUGCUGGCCUCGCGCCAUCCGAGGGUUAUAGCGGUCGGCGAAGGCAGUGGAGAAUUACUCCGAGUGACGCUUUUGACACCAGAACAGUGCCGUUCUGGUCCACUCCGACGCGUGGCAUUGCCCGGAAAAGGCGACAUGAAAACCCCGGCUAACAUCAAGAACAUACCCGGGGCUCUGGCCAGUGCGGCGGCCAGUGUGGACGUGGACUUCAGCGGUGGCGACGUACCGCAGAGACCGGACACGCCACAGAAUGACGACAUCAUGAUACGCGGCGGACUUAGAUCCGGACUGGCAGAGUUUGGGGAAAUGAUCAAAGGCCACUCAUCUAUGAAGGACGAGAAUAACCGGGAGCCUAUAGUGCAGCCGCAACAAUACGGGUCCAUCUUCCGCAACAGCCCCCCGCACCGCGCACCGCCCCCACACGUCACUCCGGUUGAGAUCGGAAUGUAUGUUCUACUAGGUGCAUUCUGCUUUGCAAUCGUGGUGUUCGUAGUGUCGUGCGUGGUGUACGCGUCGCGGCUGAAGCCGGCGACGAGCGGCGGGCCGCGGCCGGCGCUGGCGGAGGACGGGCGGCUGCCGGCGCCGGCGCUGGGGCCGCGCGGCCGCCCCGCCGACUCCACCACCAACGCGCACGACUGGGUGUGGCUAGGUCGUGCAACAAUAGAGCGCAACGGCAACCGUCACCCAGCAAACCGCACCUCCACACAGCCCACCGACAACGCGAACUCCACCGAAAUGAGGAUCACCGCGAACCCUCUCAACUACAACUACGCGGACCCCGACGACGCUAUCCGCGAAAACGGCAACGUCAUGGUCACCAGCUUCGACAAUCCCAACUCUAUCGAGCUGCCAUCACUGAACGACAAGAAAGUGAUCGAUUCGACGACGUAUUGCAAGAAGUCGGCGCGACAUAAUCGCUCUCAUUCUGGGGAUGCACAUUGGCAGGCCCCAGCAGCGGAUGCGGAUGACUACCGGCCGCCGGUGCCGCCGCACCGCAACUCGUCCACGCCGCAGCCCCAGCUGCCCGUGCCACCAAGGAAUUCCAAAAUGUUGCCAGAAGCGGUGAUGCCGCCGUCGCGGCGCCACUCGCGCGGCCACAAGCGACACGACCACGACCGCCGCGACCCCGACCACCGCCGACCUGACCGAAUAAUCGAUUUAAACAAAGCCGACGCCCCGUACAUAUCGAGUCGGGACACGAAGCGCGAUUCGAACCCGCUGCCCCCGGAACUGGACCACGCCGUGGAGAAGCUGAACCACUCCGAUUGCUCGCGGCUGUUCGAGUUCGACAACGACGCGCCGCUGGUGCUGGACAACAAGGACUACCGCGAGAUCGUAGGCCUCAACAGAGGCACGGACGAUUCCCGCCGCACCUUCGCCAAGCCACAGAGCCCUGACUAUAUGCAUGACUCCGGAAUAGGAUUGCCUGAAGUACAGAUGAGGCACAAAAGGACAAAGGAGCCAAAGGGCGACUUCGUUGAGGCUUCCAAUUCUACUAAAGGUUGGUUACCGUGCAGCUGUGUCGGGGGAGGUGAAGCGCGCGACGGUGGUGGGCACCGCGCCGUGCGCGCCCCUCGACGACCUGCACAUGGACUACGACCAGAUCAUGCACUACUUCCACAACCUCAAGGUAUAAACGCUAGUGCCGUGUGCCCAUGCUUCUAUACUAGCGACACGAUCUCUCAUCGACCUGUUCGAUGUCUAAAGCCCGUAUUUUCUUACGAGUCUUAUAGUAUAAAAUAAAUAUUAAUUUAGAUCUAGAUACAUUCUAAAGUAAAACAUUUAUUAACCAAGAAAUCAAAUUUAUUUUAUAAUUUAUAUUGCUGUAAAAUCAUCGGGAAAAUUGUUUACAUAAUAAGAUUUGUAAGAAAAACGAACUUUACCUAGACUACUCUCUUAUGAAUACAGCCUAAAUUUCGAUGCAUUUAAAAUAGCGUACAUUUUUAUAUGAGUAAUUUUAUACGAAUAUACAUUAAUGCCAUGCAGUAUUUUAACUAUAUAAAUACUAUCGCUAAGUUCCGUUUGAGAAUCUAUCACCGCUGCAGCAACCUCGACGUCAGGCGUGAGCCUUCAAUCGCACUCCUCACUUCUUUUAACACUCAUUCUAUCAUCGACGUAGAAUGCUAGACGGCAGCUGUCAUUAGAAUAGACGUAGUGUGAACCCACUGUCCUAUGAAUCUUGUUAAUAUUUCGCUACAGAAACCUGACUGAUGUCUGUUUUCAAAUUUUUCGCAGGAAUCAAACGCCUGAGUAGAGCAGAUCAUUGCAAAGAUCCGGCAGAUAUUGUCUACGUUUAAAUAUCAGCAUAUCAACAAAGCUCCUUCAAUCGACGCAUACAAUGACGCCGGGCUCGAGGAUAGUACGAGUGACACGCGCAACAACAACGACCACAUUUACGAGAACCUUAGCAACACGACCGCGGUCGCGCCCACCAAAAUGCUUUGCGACUCCAUCGCUCACAAAAACAUUUUCAUGAAAAGGCAACUCAAAUUCCUAUUGGAACACUUGAGCGAAGCUUACGAAUGAAGUUGUUAGCUGUCAACGUAUUAUCCUCAAACAAUAUGUGUCUAUAUUUGGAUCCUUGCAGUGAUCAGAAACGAAAAUAUUAUACAAUGUAACUGUUUUUUACAUAUACUAUCGUUAAACGUAUAUACUCUAGUCAUCUACAAAGUUGCACAUAUUUAAGUACCGAAUAGAAAAUAAUCAUGUGCAUGUAGUUAAGUACUCAUUAUGUCAAUAUAGAUUAAAUUAUAUCUAAAUACACGCGAUAUUUUUGUCUGUAUGAUAGAUGUCCUCCCGCGCGCGGGGUCCUCGACUAUUCUUGCCUCUGGCAACAGCCUAUCGCUGCCACCUUAGUCCCAUACCAAAUAAUGAAUAACCUUGCAUUUGCUCUAGAUUUGUAUAUAAUCUUUCCACUAGAAGGUAAAUACGCUACCUCACUUUAUCUUAUAGCUUAGCUUAUUAUUAUGUAUAUCAUUCUGCGGUAAGCAAACUACGAGGUAUAAAUUGUACUGGUUUUGUUCCAAUUAGGAAGGUAUUUUUUCCACAAAUUGAGAAACGCUGAAAUUAGGAUUUAAGACUGCAAAUGCCAGUGUUAGGAUAUUAAUCAAAGUGUUAAGUUAGAGUUAAGUCACAAAACUAGUCAAAUAUAAUUAAUGUAAUACUGACCUGACACGACCUAGUGAUAUGUCGCUCACAUCUUUUGUAUUUUUCUCUAUGAAUAUCAACGUGGUAUCAGAUAAUGUACUUUGUAAUUUUAUUUAAGUUGAUGAUUAUGGCCUGGUUCAUACGUCAAUACUGUCACGAUUUCAUUAUUCACUCGUAAACUUCCAUAAUACGAGUAUACUUUUAUUUAUAUUUCUAAAUUUAAAAAGUACAAAAAGAGGGAAAACAGAUAUUGAUAUUUAUUCUGAUACAGUGAAGGGAAAUUUUGCUUAACAGGUUUGUAGUAGAGAAAAGUAAAAAAAAUACGCAUCAAGAAAGUUAUUAUAUGAUAACUAACGAAGGAAAUGGUUUUAACUUGUGAUAAAAUGACUGCUACAAUUGAUUUUAUAUGCGGUCGAUUUUAUAAAUAAUAAAAGCCAUAUCAUAAUAUGAGAUUUAGCGCUUGUAUGAUAUUGUAAACACUAUAUUAAUUUAUUGAAGAUGUAUGUAAAUUGCAUUUAAUCAUAAGUUAGUUUAUUAGGCUUUGUAAAUAUUGUUAUGACGUUAUAUAAUUUAUAGGUGUGUGGAGAAGACAAAGCAGUAUAAUAGAAAUGAAUGUGUAGAGCCGCUUAACAUAUUGGACAGAGUAGAGUUGCACACUAUAUCGAAAAUGUUUCAUGUCUGUUACAGUUAUACACUUAAGUAAAUAGUUAAUGUUUUGAUCUCGUAAUUGUGUAUUAAUGUGAUCCUAAAUAGAUCAGAAGACGUCAGAAAAUAUAUUGUUUAGUGGAUUAGGCGACCAGUUUAUAAAGCAUUUUGUGUAUCAAUUCCCUCUAUACUGAUCGCAGUGUCUAGCAAAUCUGUAAACAUGAUAUCUCUAAAGGUGCAUUUAACUAAGCGAACGAAUGCACAUUCUAUUCCCACUUCGGCUGCCCAACUAAUGGCUGGCUAAAGCCAUUGUUGGACCGCCAGAGUGGAGAUAAAAUUAACUUCGUUCGCUUGGUGUAAAUCAGUCUUAAAAUACUGAUAGUGUGUUGUUUGGCUUUCGUCGUUAGGUUAGGAAAGAGUCAAUACGUAUGCACUCUAUGCUGUAGUAUUUGUUACUGUAACAUUUGUUUUUGUUGAGUUUUGCCAUAAUAUAUAUAAGAAAGGAAUUUAUUAAUGAAUUAUUGCUACAAGGUUUAUAUACAUACAUGUACGCAAACUGAGGCUUGUCACGAAAAUCCUUUCAUAAAAUGUCAAAUUUAAUAAACCAUUAUUAAUUA